CUGACUUCUGCUUUUCGGUAAUAACUGUGUCGGAGGGUCCGGGACUCUAUACUUUCCCUCUUGGGCCGGGUGCCUGUGUCUGUGAAUUUAGGGGAGGAGUCCAGGUCUGUGUGUUUGGUGUCUGGGAACAUCUGCAAAUAUUUUUUAAUCGGUUGACCUUUGGCUCCCUCCCUGCAUCUCCGUCUCCGCCCCUUGGUCCCAUUUCUCUGGCUGUGUCCUCUCAUCCCCUCUGUAACCUGAGCCUCUGACCUGUCUUUCCCUGGUUCUCUCUGAGGUGGUUUCUCGCCCACUUGGUCUUCCUGCCAGACGCUCCCUCCGCUUUUUUCUUGGGGAGUCUCCCUUUGUCUCGGGGGCCUUUGCCUCAGCCUGUCUCCUCAUUCACAUGGCUCCCUGCUUCCACUUCCCAAUUUGUCACAGCGCUGCCACCUUCAGGGGUCGUGAGGAAGUAGAGGAGGGAGAGGGACAGAGGGGACCGGGGUGUUACACUAGAGUGGGCACUGAGCUGGGAUUUGGACGGGCUAGGCUGGGCAAGGAGAGGCCUAGACGCCAGACACUGGUCUGGGGAGUGGCCCUGUGGGGCUGCGGCGCGGGGGCCGGUCCUGGCCAGGGCAGGGCAGAGGCGUGCUGGCAAUGCCCCUGUGGGUGGGUUCAGACCUGGCCUCUCCCCACAGCCAGCGCCGGCGAAGUUAACCAGCACCCCCGGAGCUCGCACAACACGUCGCCGGGCGGUAGGUGAGUAGACAGUGCGGAGAAGGGGACAUGAAUGACUUGUUUGGGCAACAUUCCCCUGGAAGGAGGAGAAACAGAGGGUGGGUGGUGAGCAGGGUCAGUCCCUUGGAUGCCAGGUGGUGGAGCUGGGACUGUGUCCUGUGGGUGAUGGAGACCACAGAGGGGUGGUGAACAAAGAUCUCUGUGGGUCCCUUGUGGGGGGACUGAGGGCCCAGUGUGACCGAGAGGGGGGCCCUAGGAGCAGCUGGGGGGUGGGGACCCCGCCCCCUGACAUCACUGUCACAUUAUUGCGCUAGGGUUGGCUGACCAAUCAGCUGCUGCUUGCUGUUAUAAUGGGUCCUAGCAACGGGUCUGACCUUGGGCUAACAAGAGAGGAGACCCCACCAGCGGGGAAAGUGUGAGGGGAGAGGGAGAGCCUGCAGGGCAGGUGAGUCCCCUGAGGGCAGGACUGUCUGGCUGGGCCCUGUGGGUGAAGGGAGGCAGGGGUUUCCAGGACCAACCCUAGAUCCCUCAGCCCUAUUCCCACCCCAGGGGCCACUGACCUGCCUGGCCCCGGCUGCUGGGACCUGCCCCAGCACCUGCUCACCUCUCCCUGGGCCUUAUCCUUACAUGCCUUGGGGGGACAGGGUGCAGGGAGAGUGGGCAUAGCAUGGGAGAAAUGCCCCCACCCAGGAUGGGGGUUCAGACCUGGUAGGAACAAGGUAAUAAGGACAAAUUUCUGUUGGGGGGGUGGACAAGGACAGCCCAGAAGACAAGGAGGGAGGCAAAGACAUGUAGCUGAACAGAGAGCUUCAGAGGGAUGAGGGAGCCCAGGGACGUGCCUUUGAAUCCCGGCUGGGCCUCUGUGCAGGGACCUCAUUGUGUAGUCUGAGCCUCGGUCCCUCUCUGUCUGAUGGGGACAGCGAUCCCUAGUGUGAGCUGAGCUUAGCAACCCAGGGCAGGUCUGGGUGUUUAAGGAGGAGGACUCCCGCUGUCUGGGCAUCCCCUCAUUCCAGGCUCCUUCCACUAGCUGAACCCCGGAAGGCUGACCUAGGGAUAGAUGGGCGGGCUCACGAUCGCGCAGGCCUCACUUGCCCUGUGCCGUAGCAACGUUGUCUUCCGUGGUGCACGCAGAGAGGGCAGGGGAGGGCUCCAGGUCACACAGCUGGGACUACUAACAAGGAUAAUAAUGACGCUGCCACUGGUAACACAGACCACCUGCUGUGGGCCAGGCGCCAUUUCAAAUGCUUUCUAUGCAUUAACUCAAUUCUCAACAACCCCAGGAGGUGGUUUGCUAUUAUAGCUGCUGGCCUCAUCGUACAGAUGAAGGGAAUGAGGCGGAGAGCUUCAAGUCACGUGCCCCAGUCACUCGGCGCGUACGAUGGGGAGUCAGGGUCUGACCCUGGGUUCGGCUCCAGGGUCUGGGUCCCCUUCCUCCCCCCUUCCCGCUGCUCCCAACCCUAGCAGCUGCAGGAGCGUGGCCUGCUCUGCCUGCGCCCGGGUGCUGGGUGUAAGCCCUUUCCUUUGCAGCCCUGGCUCCCACAUUUGUGGGGCCCGGUGCAAAAUGAAACCACAGGGCCCCGGGUCGAAUAUCAUUAAGAGUUUCAGUCAGUGUCAGAAGAGCAUUAAGCCGGGCGCCUGGGUGGCUCAGUUGGUUAAGUGACUGCCUUCGGCUCAGGUCAUGAUCCCAGGGUCCUGGGAUCGAGUCCCACAUCGGGCUCCCGGCUCAGCGGGGAGCCUGCUUCUCCCUCUGACCCUCUCCUCUCUCGUGCUGUUUCUCUCUCGCUCGCUCUCUAAUAAAUAAAUAAAUAAAUAAAUAAAAUCUUUAAAAAAAAGAAGAGCAUUAAGCCGAGAGCUGAGCCUUCCGAGCCUGGGGCCCCGUGUGGCUGCCUGGGUCACAAGCCGCCAUCAAACCUUUACCCUGAAGACUCCUGAGCACCGCAGAAGGCACGUCAGUCACUAUGCCCUUUAUGCAGAGGAACAGGCUCAGAGAGGUACCUCACUCUGCCCCAGGUCACACGCAAGUCAGCGGCAGGGAUGGGAUGUGAGCCUGGGCCUGUGAGACUCCAAAGCCCCCUACCUCGUGUCAGAUAAUGUACCGGGGGUUUUUUGAGAAGGGGCGGGCCAGAGGGACUUCCCUUAUAUCCUUGGUGUCUCUCUCUCCCUGCCCUGUGCCAAGGCCCAGGAGAAGUGAACGGCUCCCUUCUACCCCGCAGACGCUGAGAACCCCGCGUCCCGUGACUCUCCCCCAGCCCCCGCACCCUCUGAACCGCUGGUCACCAUGGCUACUUCGAAGUUGCCAGCAGUGCCCCGGGAGGAGGAGACCACCAUCCUCAUGGCCAAGGAAGAGCUGGAGGCCCUGCGCACGGCCUUCGAGUCGGGCGACCUCCCGCAGGCGGCCUCUCGCCUCCGGGAGCUACUGGCCUCGACCGAGAGCAUCUGCCUGGAGGUGGGCGUCACCGGCGAGUCGGGCGCUGGCAAGUCCUCCCUCAUCAACGCCCUCCGCGGCCUGGGGGCCGAGGACCCCGGCGCGGCCCUCACGGGCGUCGUCGAAACCACAAUGCAGCCCUCGCCCUACCCGCACCCCCAGUUUCCCGACGUGACCCUGUGGGACCUGCCGGGGGCCGGCUCUCCGAGCUGCCCGGCUGACAAGUACCUGAAGCAGGUGGACUUCGGCCGCUAUGACUUCUUCCUGCUGGUCUCCCCCCGCCGCUGCGGGGCCGUGGAGACCCGCCUGGCCUCGGAGAUCCUGCGCCAGGGCAAGAAGUUCUACUUCGUGCGCACCAAGGUGGACGAGGACCUGGCGGCCUCACGCACCCAGCGGCCCUCGGGCUUCAGCGAGGCGGCCGUCCUGCAGGAGAUCCGCGACCACUGUGCCGAGCGGCUUCGGGUGGCUGGCGCGAGCGACCCCCGCAUCUUCCUCGUGUCCAACCUGUCGCCGGUGCGCUACGACUUCCCGCUGCUCGUGUCCACCUGGGAGCACGACCUGCCGGCCCACCGGCGCCACGCCGGCCUGCUCUCGCUGCCCGCGGUCUCGCUGGAGGCCCUGCAGAAGAAGAAGGACAUGCUGCAGAAGCAGGUGCUCAAGACGGCCCUGGUGUCAGGCGUGAUCCAGGCCCUGCCCGUGCCGGGGCUGGCGGCCGCCUACGACGACGCGCUGCUCGUCCGCUCGCUGCGCGGCUACCACCGCAGCUUUGGCCUGGACGAAGACUCGCUGGCCAAGCUGGCCGAGCAGGUGGGCAAGCAGGCGGGGGACCUGCGCUCCGUCAUCCGCUCGCCACUGGCCAACGAGGUCUCGCCAGAAACCGUCCUGCGGCUCUACUCGCAGUCGUCCGACGGCGCCAUGCGGGUGGCCCGCGCCUUUGAGAAGGGCAUCCCCGUGUUCGGUACCCUGGUGGCCGGCGGCAUCAGCUUCGGCACCGUCUACACCAUGCUCCAGGGCUGCCUCAAUGAGAUGGCCGAGGACGCCCAGCGGGUCCGCAUCAAGGCCCUGGAGGAGGACGAGCCGCAGUCUGAGGUCAGCCUGGAGGCGGCCGGUGACAAUGGUGUGGAGAAGCGGGGCUCCGGGGAGGGAGGCCGUGAAGAAGCUCCGCUCUCCGUCCGCCAGAAGCUCGGCCUCCUCCUCAAGUAUAUUCUCGACAGCUGGAAGAAGCGUGACUUGUCAGAAGAGAAAUGAGCGUGCGGCCCCCACCCCCUGCCUCACCCACAAACCAAGCCUUAACAAAACCAGCUAAACAAAGCCAGUGUAGUGAAAACGUGCCCUGCACUUGCUGAGGGCGCCAGCGCUCCCAACUCGGCGGGGCAGUGGGGGAGGUGUGAGGGGAGGGAGGCUCGGAGGGGUCUGAGGAGGCCUGUGGGACACACUGAACCGGGAUGGGCCUUGCUCCGGGUGGGCAGAGCUUCAAGGUAUGCAUGGCGGGCCAAGGGCGCCUUGGUGGGAUCUCUCUCCCUGGUCCCCUGGGAGCCAAGGGAGAUUUGUGGGGCAAUAGCCCGGCCUGGAUCCAAGACAGUGCGCGGGUAACUUAGUGGAGAUUGGGGCUGGUUACGGUACUUAUUUUUGCUGCCAUCUCCGGUCCCUUUCUGGGAAGCCCAGUGUCCCACAGGCCUCCUCUGGGCGGGGGGAGGGGCGGCCAAUUGGUGCCCAGGAUCGGCACAAUGGUGCCUAGCAACCGGUUAAACAGGGCAGGGGACAGGGGACAUCCUGGGCCAGCCCGGCUGCUAGUGAGUGAUGGUGGGUGUGGGGGGCUGGGGAAGGGGAGGCCCGAUGGCCUUGGGCUGGAGGGCUGGUGGGCUCUUUCUCUGCCCACCAGAGGAGAGAGGGGGCAGAGGGCGAAUCCCGCCACCUAGAACACGUCGUUUUGGAGAGCGUGCAGGUGUGUGUGCGGGAAUGUGUGUGGCGAUAAGCUUUCCGGUGUGUCUGUGAUUGGGAGGAGCAUGGGUAAGUGUCCGGGAUUUUGAUGCUGUGGGUCUGAGGUUGUGAGCAGUCUGCCGACUGGGGUUUCACCCGCUGGGGCCGCAUGGCUGUGUGGGUGCAUGAGUGCUGGGGUUGUGCUGAAGGCCAUGGGGCCGAGCCAGGCGGCGGGGGCAUGUGGGUGCAGGUGUCGCUGGGCAGGCGCAACACGGGGUGAGGGGGUCUGUGUCUGUGAAACCAAGCCCCGGGCACUCCCUCUUGCUUUGUCCUUGGCUCUUCGGUGGGAAUGCAAAAGUGAACCUGACCCCCUCCUACCCGCUCAAGCCUGACCUCACAUGCCAAGUCAAGGGUCACAUACGUAUAGAAGAUUAAAAAACUACCUGAUUAGGGUCUUUGGACAGGACAAGGGCUGCCCCGAGGGCUUCUGUGGACUUGGACACGGGGUCAGGGAAGGGUCGGAUUUAGGUGUCUUUGAGAAAGGUGAGUUUCCAGGAAUUCGCAAGAAGGCUCUGGAAGCUGUGUACAAGGCCGGUGGUGGAGUGGGGACUGCAGUGCAGGGGAGGUGGCCUCACCCCUAGGUGUUCACAAAUACCACCUAUGGAUACUCCCAGAUCUGGGGAUGGUUCUAUUUGGGGCCUCAAAUGACCUUGAACCUAGGCAACAGUUCCAGACAAAGAGAGGCCACUUUCACUUGGAGGAUUAAAGGGGGUGCCAGUCCGCUCUGCCGAAGAGCUCUGUGCAACAGGAUUCUUCUCUUUCUGGAAGGCCUUCCUGGUGGCUCUGCCAGGACUAC